AGAGGAUGGGGGCACAGGACGAUGACGAUGACAAGAGGAAGACCCUGGGCGUCCGGCCAGGCUCAAAACCCCGACCAACUCUCAUCAUCGCGCCGCAUUUGACCUAUGAGCCUCCAGAAGGGGACUUUAGCGCUCCACCAUCACCUCGAUCGCCAGAAAAGGCAUCUCAUUUGAAGGCCCCCCAGCGUGCUGGAACCCGCAAUGUCAGCAACAACAGCGCAGCAAGCUCGAGCCAGCCCUUGAAGCAACGUCUUCGUCGAGGAACUCUGGCAGGGCGCAAGGGCCAAGGCCUCACGAACACCAAAGGACAGUUUGAGACUCAGCAACUGCUCCAGGAUCGAAUUGAAAAGCUCGAGAACCGCGCCAAGGUCCCCGACCUUCUCGACCAGGCAGCUGGGAACGCAAGGCGGAGUGCCGUCCGAGCCAAGGUCAAGGGCAGGUCCCGGCUCAGCGUUGCGGCGUCUUCGUCUGCGCCACAUCGUGCCGAUACAGCAAACGGCGCAGGUCCCUCAUUCGCGCCAACAGAGAUCUCAAGCGAAGACCUCGACCGGUUAACAUGGACCAUUGAGGACGGCCAGGACGACAUCGACCAUACCUACGAGCUGCUCGAGCAAGUGCGAGACCUCCUCGUCUUGGGAGAAAAGCAGGGUAUGGACCUGUUCGGGUCAUCACAUUUGGAGGCUGCAGAGGCUGCCAGAAACAAGGCCCGGGGAAGGCGCAAGACUGGGAGAUUCUCGACCUCUCCGUUAGUUCAGAAACUCGCGGACAAUCUGGGCGACGACCCUGUCAGGAGCAGUGUCGACUCCUUCGUCUCCGGUCCUGAUCUCUUGUCACGCUUGCAAGCUCUCAUCAAGCAGCUCCUUAGCGUUGACUGCAUUCACGUCGUGCAACGGUUCCGCCUCUACCGCCCCCCAUACGCACUCCAAGCCAUGUGCUUGGACAUUGCGGCUCUGCUGUAUCACAAGGGCACCUUGGACAUCAAGCUGUCAAUGAUGUCGGCGGCUAUCGACAGCAUUUACGCAAUGGACGAAGCUGUGACGGAACGAGUCUGUGUAUGGCUCGAGGGCCGACUGGCCGAGCUCCUCGACAUGCUUGCAGACGAGCGUGGCCACCUCGAUGGUCGCCAGCAAUCAGUUGACUUCAGCGAUCCCUUCAUUGGAUCUGCCCAAGUGUCUCCAGAUGUUCCUACCUUUGCGUUCUCUGCGGAGCCCGCGGAUAUGGACGCUCCAGCGAAGAAGCAGGGCUGGAUGAGGUGGUCUCCGACCGCGCCAACACACAACACCGGGCCGACGCCACUCUCUCGCCGCGACGUCACUGGCGUGUUGUCCACACAUGCGACUUCUGGCAUCUCGAUCACCGCCCUUCAAAUCGCCGAGCUUGUCCCUCGUAUCCUCGUGGCAAUCACGUCGACAGUCGACCUCACAACGGCCAAGCUGACGACGCUUUAUCGAUGCCACAGGAUGCUGUCAUUGAUCCUCACUGCCAAACCCGACGCCGCUCUGGACCUGUUGGAGAUCGUCGCACACGGUCCUUCGGUCACGAGAAGACGAGCAGUCGACCUCCUAGCCACAUUUUUCCCUCAAUCGAUGGGUCAUAAUGUCAUUGCCCGUCGGCCGGCCAUCUCCACAUACAUCGCCCACCAAGCCAAAUGGGAGACGGGUCAAGAUCGUGUGCUAGGGGAAGACGACAUGACUGGCCAUUGUUACAUCCCUUGGAGGUCGACUGAUCCAUCAGAGACACUCUGCACCUAUUGUAAUCAGGAGGUCGACGGCUUCUGCGUCCGCUGCGUGGAGUGCCAAGGAGUAAAGCACUUGAACUGCUUGCGCAUAAAGCAGGAGGAGAUGUUCGAAUAUGACGUCCUCCAUAUGGGUGGCCAACAGACGGUCCGAAGCGGCGUGAUGGUCCGAUUCAGCAAGUGUGUCCCUCGCUUGGACGAGCUCGUCCUGGGAGGUGGCCCGACACGAAACACAGUCCAGGCUACACGACGAAACGUUGGCGGCCAUCGUUUGUACCUGGUCAACCUGUUCACAUUGACGCUCUGUGGAGAGUGCCGUGAACCACUGUGGGGUGCUUCCUCGCAAGCGUACGCCUGCAUGGGGUCGUGCCAGCGCUUCUACCAUCGCAAUUGCGCUCAAGUCAUGCACGAGAGGGGGAAUGUUACCUGCCGAUCUGGACAUGAAGUAUACAUCAACCCAGCUUCCGUUGACCGCCGACGCGACCCAUUCACGACCUCUUCAGACGACGUACUGGAUUCGUUCCAGCGUUCCAAGGCCCAGCUCUUCCACGACCCCGACCAACUCGCGAAUCUAUCCUACGAUGAGGUGGUUCUGCUGUUCAACAACCUCUGGGCGCAGGCACAAAUCUACAGGAAUGGUGUGCAGGCCGGUGCGAUCCGGUUCAAUAAUGACGUUGAGGAGGCUCUCAAGGCGGACCUCGUCGGCUUUGAGAAAAUCAUCUCUGCGUAUGAGGAACAACUGUCGUCCAACCGCCACACCCCUUCAGAAGCACUGGCAGACUUCUCUGGAGUCACAGGUGUGAACCUGGAAGCAAGACACGACCUCCUGUGGCAGCCCAACUAUUUGCGCUACUGUGCAGCGGUGACACGAGCGCCACCUGAUCCGGAGGAGGCUCAUUCUUCAUUCGCUUCCAGUGGCGGCCUCUUGACAGUCACCGGAACCCCUCUCACGGCCAGUCCUGAGACCGAGGCACCGCCAGUUUCCUACGAGUCAAUCGACAUGGCCUCCAUGAGGGAGAGUUUGGCUACGGAUCUCAGUGUUGGUGACGAGCUGGCCGCCUCGAUUCUGGUGGAGCAAAUGCGUAACUUUGGUCUCGUCGGCAUUCCAAAGUGCCUCUACUUUGGAGUAAAGGACGUUCAAGAUAACACGCUUCAAGUGACAUUCCCCCUCCCUCUCCUCAUGGACUCGUCGCCGACGGUAGAGCUGCUCGUUCUUGUUAUCGAGACGCUGUUGGAAGAGAUCGAUCUGUCCGCCAACGAGCAAGCUCUCAGUCUGCUUGUCAACAGGGCUUGGCCCAAUACCAUGUGCUCAGCUUAUGCUCUGGAGCGUCUCGGAGGAGCAGUCAUGUCGUGGAUUAUGGCGCAGGACGACGUGCUGCACCACAUUGUGAAGAACUAUGCUAGCAAGCGGAAAAGGUUGCCCGGUGUAAGGUCUACAAAGAGCACCACAGUCCAGUCGUACAAGGAGGAUCGCAUCGCAUUGCUCCACCGCUAUGCGUACCCGUGGCUCAAAGCACUCCAUGACCAGGACACCGCUCAUUACGCCAGCUUGGCAUACGAGCGCAGUAAAGCCAUUGAUAAUCGUUACGAGGUUAUCGAGUUGAUGAAGGGUGAAAAGGGUGCCUCUCAAGUGGCUGAGAUUGCAUUGGAACGGCUCACAGCGCUUGGCGACGCCAACGUGCUGUUUUCGUCAUCACUGGACCUCCUCACUGCGUGGCUGGAAGAUCUGGGCGCUCUUAUCAACAAGGACGUUAUAUACAAGUCGCUUCCACGUCUAUUACGACAUGGAAGUGAGCUGUCCAGAGACACCGCAGGACUGUGGGAGCUCUCGCAAGUCACCAGCGACGAAGGCCCAGAUGGUUUCCAGCGAGUGGCACGCUGGAUCCGAGUUCUUGCGUUCUCCGGUGUGGAAGUACCUUGGCCCAUCAUUGAAGGGAUGGUGGACGCGGUGUCGCCCCAAACCAGCACCCAAGCAAAGUACGACUUGGUGUCUGCAAUCAACGCCAACAUCACCGAAGCUCAACCGAAACGUCUGGCGGACAUUUGCAACAACUUCUUCAAUGUUGUGGUUGCGGGCAUUGAACGUCGACCGCCCCUCCCUGCGUCCGUCAGCCCCCCACCAGCGUCUGAAACCGAGGUGGAGAUUGUUCGAAUGGGCCUUCUGGCUAUCCUGAGAGCAUAUCACACCCCAGCCGAAGCUAUCGCGACCACGCCGAUCCAGCCAACGAAGGACGCACCUGCGUCGGCUCACCAUACCUUUCAGAAGAAGCGACGGCCGACUGUCACGACAACGGCGAGAGUGCCCCUCCAAGCUGAAACGGUAUUAGCAGCGGCAGGGCUGCUCCGGCGACGAGAGUACCCAGCAGAAAUGUUCCUCGACUUUCUUUGGUUGCUCAUGGUCAAAUCUCAAGGUGCUGAGAAUGUGGACGGCUUCUUCUACAUGAUUUGCCCAAACCUCUACGAACUCAUCUGGCCGCUGUACGACCGACCGGUCGACACACGCAGUCGUGGACGCCUAUUCCUGCGUUUACUGACGAUCCACCCGGGUCCCAUGCAAACCCGGGUGGCUCUGGAAGUCAGCAAGACAGGACGUGCGCAAAUCCGCGAGAGGCUUUUGACCUUCGUGCUGGGGCUUGCCGACGAGAACAUUACGUCCGGGUCAACAGGAUGGCGAGCCGCGGCAGUAGAGCUCAUUCUACUUUUCUUCAGCCGCUCCCUCAACCACACCAACCCUCUGCCAGACAACCUGUCCAUUUGGAGCGCCUUUCUCCCCUCGCAAUUGACUGCGAUAUCGGCCUGUUUUGAAGAGUACCUCAGCACUUGUACGGAUGAACAGCGCCUCAACUUGCUCGUAAGGCUGCAGGAGCUUCAGCCGGCUCUGCCAACCUGGCCCAUGAUCAAAUGGCAAACUAUCGAGCAGCUGUUGAUCGAGCAAACCGACACCAUUCGACAACUGGAGCGCGCGGACUCUGACAACAGCAUGGCGGCGCUGCGAGAUGCCCGUGUUACCCGCGCCAGCCUUCUCUCCCUCGGCCUCAACAUGUUGUCGGCGGGAGUAGCUUGUGACUGGAUGUCGCUGCAGCGAUUCCAACAGCAUGUGGCUGCUGCCUGUGCUCUUCCAUGGCCGGCAGACUCUGAGACGAUCACCGGGAUUAUCCUUCCUGCCUUGAAGCAGAACCUAGACGCCACUGCUCGUAUUCCGAUCAACGCGAAUCAAACAACUGCAAGGCAACCAAAGACAAUCCUCAUCGGAUCUCUCUUCGUUUCUGUGGUCACCGAGUUUGCAACUGAACUGAAGAAGUACGACUUCUUGACGCAGCGUUAUAUUCUUGAUAUUCUUCUGGUCGUCUUUUUCAAGCACAAUGUCAUGCCCGUUGAGCUGCCUGCUCUCAACGCACUCCAGAAGGUUGCGAUCUACGCUGCUGACGCCGACUGCAUCGACAACAAGUUGCUCGCUCUACGGGUUCUGCAAACGGCGCAGUCACACAUGGCCACCGAUAGGUUCUCUAGAGUGCUGCCCCAACUGUUCGUCUACGUCUCCGAUAUCAUGAUCAGGGAGGCACACGCACAGGGUGACCCUCUUGUCAUUGACCUGUGCCGCGGCUUCCUUCACGAGUCUCUAGCGGACUUUGGAAGGGCAGGCCUCUUCCUGCAAGUCCUUCUUACCGACGGUCAACUGGGUGAUAGCUCGAGGUCACCAGACGCCAUUGGCCGGGCUCUCCGUAUCGCUGGAGGCGGUAAGAAGGCUUCGAUUGAGAACCACCAAAACUCUUGGCUGGAGCAAUUGCUUGUGGACCUUCCAGGUAUCUUGCGUUGGAACCGCGCAAACAUCGCGAGACUGUUGCAGUCGCUCAGCCGCCUUGCUGCGACACUGGAGGACAAGCUUACCGAGGACGGCGCGACUGAAUUCGGAGCGUUCAUUGCGCGGCUGGGCAAGACGGUGGCAGAAUGGGACAACCCAGCAGCAUUCGACCCCAACCCCGUGUUGCAGACGUGCAGCGCGAUCCUCCAGCUGACCCCAAGUUCCUACUCAAGCACGCUUCUUCACCAGGUAUCCACCUUCCUCCACCUGGCGUUGAGCCGAUUCUCUGUAUCCUUGGACCCAAUCAAGGCGCUUAUUCCCGUCUCUAUUGACAUCUCGUCGUAUCACCGCACGGAGAACACGGUGACGACUGUCCUGUUUGAGCUUGCGGGCGAAGCCAUAUCCGGCCUCGCCGUCAUGCCAGAAACAUUGCACACCCUCUUGACGUUCCUCACGACCAUGAGCGACGACAGGGUGGCCGGCAGGGCAAACCUCCGGAAAGAGCUCCUCCGCAUCCUGGUUGAAGCGUCGCCUGGAUGUGAAGCGAUUCUGGUGCGCUCGCACCCCACAACCAACCUCCUGCGAGGGCGUCAAAACGCCGAACAAGCGAUGAAGUUGUUCAACGCGGCGGCGCAGGUCAUCGUACGGGCUGAGCUGGAAUCGCCAGGCAACAUUGGUCUCGUUCUCAGGGGCAUCCAGACACAAGCCUCCAUCGUUCAGAUGGACGUCUUCACCCACGUCCUGUAUGCCUCCCUGAACGUAUCGCUCAAGGCGGCCCGCGAGAAUCUCAUCUCGCUGUAUCCGAUUCUGGCACGCGCCGCGGCCCUCAGUCUGUUCGCUACUGCCGACCUUCUGCAAGUGAACAACCCGUACGACAGCUACGGCGCGCAGCUCGCCUCGUCCGUGUUUAUCGUGUGCCGCCUCGCAACGCUAGCAGUGCACGAUAUCCAGGACGGUGUCGUGGUGGACGAGCAUGCUGGGGCCGACCGGGCACUCGCGGCCUUUUGGCGCCGCCUCUGGCCAGACUGGGAGCGCCUGCUCGCGCUCUCGCUUGCACCGACCUGCGCCAACACCUCCCUCCGGUCCGUUGCCCACUCCGUCCUCCUCGACAUUGUCAUCUUUGUCGGGCAGGCACAGCCGUCGCUGCUCAUCGAGCCCGCCACGCUCAUUGGCAGCGGGCUCAAGAUGCUCGAGGAGUGGUACCCGCGAUCAAACACCACGGCCCCGGCCAAGCUCGGCCGUGCACUCUCAGCGCUGGACUCGGCCGCACUGCGCGGCCACGCUGCUGGCCUGACCCAGCCAACAUCAUCGCCAGCCUCCACGCGCCGUGAGACCAUCAAGCAGAUAUGGAACGACAUGGUCGCAACUGAGCGUCUCCUCUCCAUGCCCACCGGCGACGAAUAA